UCAGAUACGCCUUGGGGACUGAUCUUAAUCUGGGUGUUUUUCCCGUUCAGGUGUCUCAGUGACGGUAACAGCUGGGAAGCUUUAUUCCUGUUUUUGAGCUUAGCUAAAGCUUAGAGUCUACGCCAAUCGAGCAAAUCAGCAUUAGUAGCCAAGUGCGUCCACAAGUCCUACAGUCCUAGAAGCGGCGCAAAAUGGAAGGAUCAGAUAACUCCAGUGAUACUGUAGCUUUAUCGUUAGCGCCAAGCGAAGUCAUAGCUUGGUGCGUUAUUUUCGGCGUGGAAGCCUUGGUGGCCAUUACAAGCAACGUGGCCACAAUCGCUAUAUUCCUCACUAACAAGCGAAUCCGGGCUCAAACGUCCAUCCUCCUGGUUAAUUUAGCUGUAGCUGAUUUGCUGGUGGCCACAGUGCCCAUACCUGGGUGGGUGUACUUCUUUGGAGCUCAAGCCAACCUCUGGGCAGACAGCACUCAUCUGGCUGGUCACAUCACCUACUCUGCCCUGGAUAUUGGAGGAGCGUUUGCUUCUGUUACCAAUCAUGGCUGCAUCGCUGUAGAACGACUUAUAGCCACGCUGUUACCUUUCAAAUACAGAAGCAGUAAAAGGAUAAUCACCACACAGCUCAUUAUUGUGGUAUGGAUGUGUGCAGUGUGCAUCCCUGUGGUGACUCUGGUUGGUUUCCAUGUCCUUCAUUCCAACAUGGUUGCUUUUUUUGUUUGGAUGCCAUUCCUUACUGUGCUGCUUCUGGUCAUCACUGUGUCCUAUUCCAUCCUGUUGGGCAGAAUGAAAUGGCUGGCACGUAAUCUUCAUGAUCAUGAGGGAACUGAGCAGCGUAACCAUCGCUUCACUGUCACCGCUUUGAUGGUCACUGUGGUGUCCUUACUAGCGUGGUUGCCUUUCAUGAUUAUGAGUGCCAUCAACCUGGUGGCGCAAACCAUCAGUCAUGACGUCCGACUCGUGAGCAUGGUCAAACUCCUGCACUUCUUCAACUCCAUCUGUAGUAUUUUCAUCUACUGGUUUCGGAUCCCUAAUUUCAAGGCCGCUGCUUACGCCUUGGUGUUCCGUCGCCAUGGGAUGGAACAGCCUGAGCGACACAGGGCAUUAUUUCAAAGUAGGAGGUCAAACAGUUGCCGUGACACAGCUACAACCGCUCUCUAAAUAUGCCUCUCCUUUCAUUACGUUGCCAAUAGGUAUUCACCCUACAAAGGUCUUUUAAUUUCCUUUUAUCUGAUUGCACUAAGUGCCGCAGACGGAUGGAAAUUGUACGUCUCUGUGUGAUUCAUUUCUAACAAGAAAGCUACGACCCGAAAAGUACUAAGUGAAGAUCUAGUUUUAAAUGAGGUUAUUUCAAUUAGUAACUUCCCCAUUAGAGACAUCUAAAACGGUAUCUGUUAAAGUGAAGGGGAACAUCAGUAUGUGAAAUAUUUGCUUCGUAGUUAGCACAGGGACAAUGAAACAUGAAGAACAAGGGUAGUGGCGUACAAAAGUUCCUUGUUGCGCUAGCGCACAGCUAAGAAAAACUGAAGAGAGAGGCUACCGUACACAUAGAAAACAUUUGCGUGAGUUUUAUUUUGCGGAAUGGCGAUAUUUCUAUUUCUUUUUUUCGGGAACAAAUCUUUGUGGCUUAAGCUAUUAAAAUGUAACCUGGAAACUACUGAUUUUCGCGAUUUGAGUUUCAGAAGAAAAGAAAUGAACAGGGAGGGAGGGAGGCACGAUAUUCAUAACUUUUAUUACUUGUUGAGUUAACACACGUUAUACUUCUCGGACACCUUUCUUUUGAUUCUAUUAUAGUAAUUUUCAAUUGAGUGUCGAAAGUAAUCCAAGAUUGAAAUGUUUUUGCUUUACUUUCACUGUGAUUGGCCCAGAAAACUUGCACCACUCCCUCAAACAAUCAGAUCCAAAACUAAAACCAAUCACGACUUGGUCGCUCGCGUUUUCCCGCGCUUUAGGCAGUUUGUUUAUUCUUACCUUGAGUUCCCAUUGGCUCUUGAGUCAACUUAAAGGUAUUUUCCUUUCUUCUGAUUUGUCGAUCUUGGUUUUACGACAUUCAAUCGAAAACGCUCUAAGCCUUGAAAGGUCAUACUUACCAACCAUUAAGGAGUAACAAAGCAGCAAAAUCUUUUUGCUGCUUUGUUGCUCCUUAAGGCUAAGCUUUACUUACUCUUGCCUACUCCCCUGGAGUUUUUUUUAAUUGUGUUAAAGGCAUACAGCACUAUCAUUAACAUUAUUAUUUGUCGUCAUCAUUUUCAUUUUAGCAGGAAGUAAUUUAUACUUAUGGAGGACAAUCUGCAAUAUCUGCGAAAAAUUAAACCCGAAGAGUUUUUACGCCACAUGGCAUGCCUAAUAAGUUCAUUACAGUAUUUCAAACGCGUUCUUUAUUGAUAAGGUUCAAGAUGACUAAAAAUUUUACACGCCCCAAGAUUACUAAAACAACUUAAUUACAUUUCAAGUGUCACUUUGACUUAUAAAUGAUUAUUAAGUCAUUAAAAGUUAGUUUUUUUGUA